AUGGCGGCGCGGGCCGUGGCGGUGAGGGGGCUGUGGCGGAGGUUGGUGCCCGCGGCGCUGUGGGAGCGGCCUUGCCGCCUGCAGCACGAGCGGCAGCCCGGCCGCUGCGACCAGCCUAUACAAAUGGAGAACCCCUAUAAAGAGCCUCCUAAAAAAUGUAUCUUAUGUGGAAUAAAUGUGGACUACAAGAAUGUGCAGCUUCUUUCCCAGUUUGUUUCUCCGCAUACUGGCUGCAUUUAUGGCAGGCAUAUAACAGGCUUGUGCAACAAGAAGCAGAAGGAAAUUACAAAAGCUAUUAAAAGGGCUCAUGUAUUAGGAUUUAUGCCAGUUAUGUUUAAGAACCCAUCAUUUCUCACAGACCCCAAGAUAUGUAAUGUCAAGUAUCCAGAGUAAUGUACUAUAAAGAAAUGAACAAU